AAAAACAUUACAAUCACUCUCUUCUUCUUCUUCUCCAAGCUCUCUCUUCCCCCUAACACCUUUCUAUAAAUAUCUGAUUAUGGUCUUUCAUAUAACAAACUUUUCAACUUCGUAUGGCUGCUUCUUCUCUUCUUACAAUGGACAAUAGCAGAACCAGACAGAACAUGAAUGGUUCUGCUGCUAAUUGGUCACAACAAAACGGUAGAACAUCUUUGGAUGAUCUUGAGAUCCCAAAGUUCAGAUCUUUUGCUCCUUCUUCCAUCUCCAUCUCUCCUUCUCUUGUCUCUCCUUCCACUUGUUUCAGUCCCUCUGUUUUCCUCGAUUCCCCUGCUUUUGUCUCCUCCUCUGCUAACGUUCUUGCUUCUCCAACCACAGGAGCUUUGAUCACAAACGAAAGUAACCAAACAGUUAUAAACGAGGGAGAGAAGAAGAACAACAACAACUUUAACUUCUUCGAUUUCUCAUUCCAGACACAAUCAUCAGGAGUUACUGCUCCAAAGACGACAACAACUACAACGAACAGUUCUAUCUUUCAAUCUCAGGAACAACAGAGGAAGAACCAGUCAGAUCAAUGGAGCCAAAACGAGACUCGUCAAAACAAUCAAGCUGUGUCUUACAACGGAAGAGAGCAAAGGAAAGGAGAAGAUGGUUACAACUGGAGAAAGUACGGACAAAAACAGGUUAAAGGAAGUGAGAAUCCUCGGAGUUACUAUAAGUGUACUUUCCAAAACUGUCCAACGAAAAAAAAAGUGGAGAGAUCUUUGGAAGGUCAGAUUACAGAGAUUGUCUAUAAAGGAAGCCAUAACCAUCCUAAACCUCAAUCCACUAGAAGAUCUUCUUCGUCUUCUUCCACUUUUCAUUCAGCUGUGUACAAUGCCAGUUUAGAUCAUCACCGUCAAGCUUCUUCUGAUCAACCUAAUUCCAAUAAUAAUAGCAGCUUCCAUCACUCUGAUUCUUUUCCUAUGCAACAAGAGGAUAACACCACUUCUGAUUCUGUGGGUGAUGAUGAGUUUGAACAAGGCUCAUCUAUUGUCAGCAGAGAUGAAGAAGAUUGUGGAAGUGAACCUGAAGCAAAGAGAUGGAAAGGAGAAAAUGAAACAAAUGGUGGGAAUGGUGGUGUAAGCAAGACAGUGAGAGAGCCGAGAAUUGUAGUGCAGACAACAAGUGAUAUUGACAUUCUUGACGAUGGUUACAGAUGGAGAAAGUACGGUCAGAAGGUUGUUAAAGGGAACCCAAAUCCAAGAAGCUACUACAAGUGCACAACCGUCGGUUGUCCAGUGAGGAAACAUGUUGAGAGAGCAUCACAUGACACGAGAGCGGUAAUCACAACCUACGAAGGGAAACAUAACCAUGAUGUACCUGCAGCUCGUGGUAGUGGUUACGCCACAAACAGACCAUCACAAGAUGCUUCUUCAGUCCCAAUUAGACCAGCUGCUAUUGCUGGUCACUCCAACUACACUACUUCUUCUCAAGCACCAUAUACACUUCAGAUGCUGCACAACAACAACAACAACACUAAUGCCGGACCUUUUGGUUACGCUAUGAACAACAACAACCUUCAAACGCAACAAAACUUUGUUGGUGAUGGGUUCUCUAGAGCAAAGGAAGAACCAAACGAGGAGUCCUCGUUUUUUGAUUCGUUUAUGCCCUGAAGACAAAAAAAAAAGGAAUCUGUUUGUUCCUUUUUGUACAUUUCUUGCCACCAAAGGAUUUUUACUACUUACUAGUGUGAUCCUGCAGGAUAGUAAGACAGACUACUAAAGUCUAUAGUCCAUAGAGAAAUUUUUUCAUUUGUUUCUUUUUUUUCACACGCCUGUAAUAUGUUUAAUGUUUGUACGAUAGAAACAAAAAAAAAACUGAAUAAAACCAAUCAAUUUUUACA